GAUCUCAGAAACGUGUCUCUCUGACUUCAAUCUUCUUCAUCAAUUCCUUAGAUUCCGUUUCUUAAAGUGUUCAUCUUUUUACAUCUUUCAGCUUAAAUUUAUCACUUCCGUUUCUGUGUUUUAUGAAGCACCUGGGCAAAUGAAGCUUUAGCUAAGCAUUGUUUAACGAAACUCAGAAGAAAAAAACAGAAUCUUUAUUUUUUUAAAGCUUCGAAAUUGGAGAAGAGAAUUUAGAACGACCAAGUUCGGGUUCAAUGAAUAGAUCGUGUCUCUGUAGUGUCUUAAUCACCGCUGCUCUGAUUUGUGGUGCUUACUUCAUUGGCAAUGCUUAUCUUGCUAAAGACUUUAAAGAGAAAUUGCUAAGAUGGGAAAUCACUGAUAAGAUGCAUAACAUCACUGAUAAGAACCAGAAUGCAACAUCAACCAGUACAUGCGAGAAUUUGAAUAAGCCAGUGGGUACUGAAGCACUACCACAAGAAAUUAUCGUAAAAACAUCGAACCUGGAAACACAACAUCUAUGGAACUACGAUGACACAAAAAAGAGAAGGCCUAACCGUUCGAUGAGUUUGUUAGCCAUGGCAGUCGGAAUCAAGCAAAAGGAGCUAGUUAACAAAGUUAUCCAAAAGUUUCCUCCUCGAGAAUUUGCGGUUAUGCUUUUUCAUUAUGAUGGUGUUGUCGACGAUUGGAAGCAGUAUCCAUGGAAUGAGCAUGCGAUUCAUGUUUCGGUGAUGAAUCAAACAAAAUGGUGGUUCGCCAAGCGAUUCUUGCAUCCUGAUAUAGUUGCAGAGUAUGAGUAUAUAUUUCUUUGGGACGAAGAUCUUGGUGUAGGUCAUUUCAAUCCGCAACGAUACCUAUCUAUUGUCAAAGAAGAGGGGCUUCAGAUAUCACAACCCGCUCUCGACACUUCAAAAUCAGAAGUGCAUCAUCCUAUAACUGCUCGUCGAAAAAAAUCAAAAGUUCAUAGAAGGAUGUAUAAAUACAAAGGUAGCGGGCGAUGUGAUGACCAUAGCACCAAUCCUCCCUGCAUCGGGUGGGUAGAAAUGAUGGCACCUGUUUUCUCUAGAGCAGCAUGGAGAUGUUCUUGGUAUAUGAUUCAGAAUGAUUUGAUCCAUGCUUGGGGUCUGGAUACACAGCUUGGUUAUUGUGCUCAAGGUGAUCGAAAGAAAAAUGUUGGUGUUGUUGAUGCGGAGUACAUAAUUCAUUAUGGUCUUCCUACGCUCGGUGUGGUUGAAACCACUUCAAGCUCUUUGCGGAACGAGACAGACUCGAAAUCAACGGAAUCAUUAGAGUCUCGUGAAGUGGAUAAUAGACCAGAAGUGAGGAUGAAAUCAUUUGUAGAGAUGAAGAGAUUCAAGGAACGUUGGAAGAAAGCUGUUAGAGAUGAUAGAUGUUGGGUCGAUCCGUAUUGAAACCUGAGCGGUUUAAGUAAACCGAACCAAACCGGAUUAUUUUCCUUGUUGAGUGCUUUGUGGUCGGUCCACUGUAUACCAUUAUUUGGUACAUAGAUUUUGUUGUACUUGGAAAAAAAAUCAGUGUAUUUA